CAUUAGAGUACUCGGGCACUGCCCGAGGGCCCAGGGGUCAGUAGGGGGCCCCAUGAAAUGCCCCUGGUAUCUUUUUAUAGGCUUUUUUGGGUGUGCUUUGAGUGUGGGCAAGGACACAGGGGCCCCAUGAUCCCCUAUUGCCCGGGGGCCCCAUGAGUUGUCAGUCCUCCCCGGGUGGGAGGUGUUCACAUUUAUGCGUUUCGAAAACAUGGGAAAAAUCACAUACUUUUGCAACACACACAACACCUUUAGCAGACCAU